GUUGUUACGUGGGCGGUGAUAACAACAUGGCUCCGUGAGGGAAAAGUUAUCGCGUUAUUGUCAAUAACAACGCAGCUUGAAGGAGAAUUUAUUUGACAAGAUUUUCCCCUUUAACCCGACCAGGCUGUGUGGUUUAACACGCCUCGAAAUGUUUGUUUUGGCGACGCUGAAGCAGGCUGCUGCUGGAGCAGGACGCCAGUGUUUGAGUGUGAGGAGUGUGAACAGACUGAGGGCGUUUAGCACAACACACUCGUCCUCUGAGCACAGAGACGACGGAGACGACGUGUACGACAUCGUCAUAUCGGGUGGAGGAAUGGUAGGGACGGCUAUGGCCUGCUCUCUGGGCUGUGAACCGAAUUUGCAUGGCAGGAAGAUUCUUUUACUAGAAGCUGGCUCUAAGAAAGAGAUGGACAAGGUGCCAGAGGUUUACAGCACACGGGUCAGCUCUAUCAGCCCGGGCUCAGCAACACUGCUCAGUGGUCUUGGAGCUUGGGAUCAUAUAGUCAAUCUGAGAUGCAAACCCUAUCAGAAAAUGCAGGUUUGGGAUGCUUGCUCUGACGCCCUGAUCACGUUCGAUAAGGAGAAUCUGCAGGGCGAGAUGGCAUACAUUGUAGAGAACGACGUGAUCGUGGCUGCUCUUACUAAACAGCUUCAGACACACUCCGAUCAAGUGGAAGUUCAGUACAGAACGAAGGUGGUAAAGUAUACUUGGCCCAGGCCUUUCCAAGUGGCUGACUCUAUCCCUUGGGUCCAGGUGACAUUAGCCAAUGGACGCACCUUGCAGACCAAGCUGCUGAUUGGGGCAGACGGACCCAACUCCAUGGUACGGAGAGAGGCAGGGAUUCCCACCGUCAAGUGGAAUUACGACCAGUCUGCCGUUGUGGCCGUUUUACAUUUAUCUGAGCCUACUGAAAACAAUGUGGCAUGGCAGAGGUUCCUCCCAACCGGGCCAAUUGCAAUGUUGCCGUUGUCAGACACCCAGAGCUCCCUGGUUUGGUCCACCAGUCACCACCAUGCUGAGGAGCUCCUUCAGAUGGAUGAAGAGAGUUUUGUGGAUGCCAUUAACAAUGCAUUUUGGAGUAAUGAGAACCAAUCUGACCUGGUGGAGGCAGCCGGCUCUUUGUUCCGCCAUGCCCUGUCCAUCGUCAUGCCCAAUGGCGCCUCCACCCGCCAGCUUCCACCCAGCGUGGCGGCUAUUGGCCCUAAGAGCCGGGUCAUGUUCCCUCUAGGAAUGGGCCAUGCCUCCGAAUACAUCCGCCACAGAGUCGCCCUAAUUGGAGAUGCAGCACACAGGGUACACCCUCUGGCAGGUCAAGGUGCCAAUCUAGGAUUUGGGGAUGUGGUCUGUUUAACACAGGUGCUCAGCCAAGCAGCAUUCAAUGGCAAAGACCUUGGUGAAAUGCAGCACUUGCUGGAGUAUGAAACUGAGCGGCAGCGUCACAAUCUACCCAUGAUGGCAGCCAUUGACCUCAUGAAGAGACUUUACUCCACUAACGCUGCCCCGCUGGUGCUGUUGAGAACCUUUGGUCUCCAGGCCACUAACGCACUGCCACCUCUUAAAGAGCAGAUUAUUUCAUAUGCCAGCAAGUAGAUGACUGUUAGCCCAUAAAGGCUUGUGGGACAAGACAGCAUGGAGAUUUUGUCUACAGAUUAUAUGUAAAGAUCUAAAUUAAUAAAUUUUAUUUUAAGUCAUA